AUGGCCAUCGUCAAGAAACUGGCGCUGUUCGCCUUGUUCCCACUCCAGGCUCUGGCUGGAGCAGGUGAAGCCCCCCUCCCAGGCUACAAAGUAGUCGACCUAAGCUGGGAGGUGGAAGUCUUCCCUGGUAAAGUCGAAAACUUUACCGGCACGGUUGAACAGGUUCACCAUGAAGUCACCACCCUCAAUCCCCAGUGGGAGCCGCCCACCAUCAACAUUGAUGUAGAGUCCAGCACCAACGAGAAGCGAUACACCAACUGGAACGCCAUCAACUGCGGCGCCGGACCAUGGGGCUGGCGUCCCUGCAAGUCCAUCAAGAUCCAGGAUGGAAUCAACUAUCUAAGAGGGUUGUCUGGCCGGCCGUCUAAUGGUCCUGGGCCGGGAGCCUGUGGACGGGUCAGUUGCUCGUGGAACGCAGCCAUCUGGUGGUGCAACGAUAAUCGUCAAACGCAGACCCUUUAUAGCUGGCGCGAUAUUGCGGACGGAGCUCAACUAACUCUCUGGAAGUGCCAGACUGGAAUUGGUGCCCAAGAAAAAUAUGUGAACGGACAGGCUUUCGCUUAUGACAACUGGAAUGUCAUUGUUCGAAAAGACGAUUGCUAA